UCACUUUUAUCGUUCAAUGUCGCAGCACAUCGUCCUAAUUCCAACAAUGUUCGGCAUCCUGUUGCGCUUCCGCGAGGGUCCAUUCUCGGUCCACGCUAUCAUCAACGAGCCCGCUUCGGACGACGAUCGGGAAGAUCUGCCGGUAGAUCCCCGGAUGAACCAGCUGGAUCCCGCCAACCGCGAUCAAAUCUUCAAACUGCUACGCGAAUCACUCGACAAGGCCAGCUUGAAGGAGCCAAAGGAGACGAUAAAGGUGCCGGCCAAGGGCAAUCCGGCUGAGAGGCAGAACUACAACGAGGAGUAUUUGGACAGUUUUAAAACGUUGGAGGAGGCAAAGCGGAUGGUUGGAAAGGUGGUCAAGUUUUACCAAAAGGCUGGAUUUGUUUGCGGGAAUUUCGUGACCAACAGUGGGGCGUUGAAGAAGGCGAUUUGCCAGGUUCAACCUUUGGACAAGAUGAUUAAGAUGGCGGAAACCCGCUGGAUUAACGAGUCGGACGGUCAAGCGGGCAAUCAGGUGGACAUUUAUUGGGAUACCAAGAACGAUUUUCUCGUUCAUCGCAUUCGAAUCAAGAAUUUUGGAGAUUUGCCUUGCCGGCGCGAUGUUCAGGAGUUGGUCUCCAAGUUGGACGACCCCCUCGGGCUAAUGACCAACACGACAAUCAUCCUGCAAAUGCUUCUGCAAGAGUUGCACCAAACUUCGACUCCGUGGGACGGACAACUAACCGGCUGGCCGAAGCGCAUGUGGAACACGUGGCUAACCAAAGUCGGCAUCGCCGGUUAUUCCACGAUCCCGCGAAGUCUCACAAAGGAACGGGAAACCAAACAUCAGCUGCACGCUUUUGUGGGUGCCUCGACCAGUGCCAUCGCCGCGUGUGUCUAUCUGCGAAGCUCGUCGCAUCAAAACGAACAAGCGACUUCGGUCGGAUUGGCCGCUGCCUCGUCGAAAGUGGUCCCAAUUAACCACCGAAAACCCCAAUCCAUGCUGCUGGUGGAGUUCGAAGCUGCAGUGCUGGGAGCCCAGCUGGUCAAGCAGGUUCAGGACGAGACGCGACUCAAACUUGAGGAAACGAUCCUUUGGACGGAUUCGCGGCUUUUGCUCGACGCGAUCGCGACACCUCAGCGGUGGCGGCACGCGACUUCAACGGUGAAGAAGUCUAUUGAAAGUGUUUUGGAGCUUACGAAGCAGCACCAGUGGCGUUUGAUUCCGGAAGAUCAGAAUCCUGCUGCUACGGUGUUUGAAACACUUGAUUGAUUCAACUGAAACUACAAAAAAUUGAUUACCUUUGUUUAAGUUGUCAGUUCCUUUUCGAAGAAUUAAGUCGACAAAAUUACACAUUCUACAACCAA